ACGCAGGGGCAGCCCGGAAAGCUCCGAGGAGGAGCCUGGCGCCGCCAUUUUCCUGCAGCUGCCUGUCCCUCUUGCCCGACCGGGUUCCAGCUGACCAGGGCAGGGGUGGGCUGAGGCUGAGGCGCGGGGCCCGGGAGUGCCCCGACUGGGUGUGGGAGCCCGCGGGGGGCACGCGAGCCGGGGCUCUGCGGGCGGGUGGCGGCGCGCGGCCCUGAGCCCCGCCCCAGGCCGGCAGGCGGGCCGGGAGCCGGUGGGGGUAGGGGGUGCGGUGGGGGGUGGGGACCCUCGGGCGCUUGCGGGGUGGGGGUCCCGGGCCCCGCCGGCUGCCGGGCGGAAGGGGUGGCGGACGAGCCGCAGAGAUGUCUGGCCAGAGCCUGACGGACCGAAUCACCGCGGCCCAGCACAGUGUCACUGGCUCGGCGGUCUCCAAGACAGUAUGCAAGGCCACGACCCACGAGAUCAUGGGCCCCAAGAAAAAGCACCUGGACUACCUAAUUCAGUGUACAAAUGAGAUGAAUGUGAACAUCCCACAGUUGGCAGACAGUUUAUUUGAAAGAACUACUAACAGUAGUUGGGUGGUGGUCUUCAAAUCACUCAUUACAACUCAUCAUUUGAUGGUGUAUGGAAAUGAGCGUUUCAUUCAGUAUUUGGCUUCAAGAAACACAUUGUUUAACUUAAGCAAUUUUUUGGAUAAAAGUGGAUUGCAAGGGUAUGAUAUGUCUACAUUUAUUAGACGGUAUAGUAGAUAUCUAAAUGAAAAGGCAGUUUCAUACAGACAAGUUGCAUUCGAUUUCACAAAAGUGAAGAGAGGGGCUGAUGGAGUUAUGAGAACAAUGAACACAGAAAAACUUUUAAAGACUGUACCAAUUAUCCAAAAUCAAAUGGAUGCACUUCUGGAUUUUAAUGUUAAUAGUAAUGAACUUACAAAUGGGGUAAUAAAUGCUGCCUUCAUGCUCCUGUUCAAAGAUGCCAUUAGACUAUUUGCAGCAUACAAUGAAGGAAUCAUUAAUUUAUUGGAAAAAUAUUUUGAUAUGAAAAAGAACCAGUGCAAAGAAGGUCUUGACAUCUAUAAGAAGUUCUUGACUAGAAUGACAAGGAUCUCAGAGUUUCUGAAAGUUGCAGAGCAAGUUGGAAUUGACAGAGGAGAUAUUCCAGAUCUUUCACAGGCCCCCAGCAGUCUUCUUGAUGCUUUAGAACAACAUUUAGCUUCUUUGGAAGGGAAGAAAAUCAAAGAUUCUACAGCUGCAAGCAGGGCUACAACACUUUCCAAUGCAGUCUCUUCUUUGGCAAGCACUGGCCUAUCUCUGACCAAAGUGGAUGAAAGGGAAAAGCAGGCAGCAUUAGAGGAAGAACAAGCUCGGUUAAAAGCAUUAAAGGAACAGCGUCUAAAAGAACUUGCAAAGAAACCGCAUACCUCUUUAACAACGGCUGCCUCUCCUGUGUCCACCUCAGCAGCAGGAGUAAUGACUGCACCAGCCGUCGACAUAUUCUCUACUCCUAGUUCUUCUAACAGCACAUCUAAGCUGCCAAAUGACCUGCUUGAUUUGCAGCAGCCAACCUUUCAUCCAUCUGUCCAUGCUAUGUCAACUGCUCCUCAGGUAGCAAGUACAUGGGGAGAUCCUUUCUCUGCUACUCUAGAUGCUGUUGAUGAUGCCAUUCCAAGCUUAAAUCCUUUCCUCACAAAAAGUAGUGGUGAUGUUCACCUUCCCAUUUCUUCAGAUGUAUCCGCUUUUACUGCUAGGACACCUACUCAUGAAAUGUUUGUUGGAUUCAGUCCGUCUCCAGUUGCACAGCCACACCCUUCAGCUGGCCUUAAUGUUGACUUUGAGUCUGUAUUUGGAAAUAAAUCUACGAAUGUCACUGUAGAUUCUGGCGGCUUUGAUGAACUAGGUGGACUUCUCAAACCAACAGUGGCCUCUCAGAACCAGAGUCUUCCUAUUGCCAAACUUCCACCUAACAAAUUAGUGUCUGAUGACUUGGACUCAUCUUUAGCCAACCUUGUGGGCAAUCUUGGCAUUGGAAAUGGAACCACUAAGAAUGAUGUAAGUUGGAGUCAACCAGGUGAAAAGAAGUUAACAGGAGGAUCUAACUGGCAACCAAAGGUUGCCCCAACAACUGCCUGGAAUGCUGCAACAAUGAAUGGCAUGCAUUUUCCACAAUACGCACCCCCUGUAAUGGCCUAUCCUGCUACUACACCAACAGGCAUGAUAGGAUAUGGAAUUCCUCCUCAGAUGGGAAGUGUGCCUGUAAUGACACAACCAACCUUAAUAUACAGCCAGCCUGUCAUGAGACCACCAAACCCCUUUGGCCCUGUAUCAGGAGCACAGAUACAGUUUAUGUAACUAGAUGGAAGAGAAUGGAAUUAUUCCAAGAGUACAAGUUCGCACGUGGCGACUCCUUACUUCCAGCAAAAUCCAGACUGAUGUCUCUGAAACUCUCCCUCCAUUAGAGCGCUCCAGUAACCCAUGAAGGCCACGGCAGGGAUGGGACUAGUCUAUAGGAGAGCGUUGUCAAUACCAUUUAUAAAGCCAAGAAUUGCCAUGAGUUAAGACUAAGAUCUCUGCCUUUUUGGUGACUAACACUUCAAUUCUUUCAACUCCUAUUAAUACCCAUAAUCUGUAACCAACCAAGAAAAGCCCAUACUUGGAAAGUGUGGAGUUUGUGUUUGAAAAAGCUGCCUGGAGAGAAGAGUUGUGUCCUUCACCAUAAUUCAACAGGACUCAUUGGGGAUCAAAACCAUAAUUUUCAAUUAUGCAUUAUAUUUCUUUUCUCCAGUUCUCACAAAUACAGAAACCAUAUAAUUGAAGUUAACUUUCUUUUUUAAAAUUUAUAUUCAGUUUGCAGUAGACAUUCCUUAAGUAUUUGUAUUUAUUUAUGAUUAUCAAUUUUACGUAACAUUAAUAUUAUAUCAAACCUCCUUAAUAAAAAUGAGUAUGGAUGUUCACAGUAUGUUUGAUUUUUAUCCACAAGAAUGAAUCUGAUUCAGAAUGCUUUUCAGCUGACAUACGGAGCACUAAAUAUUUUAAGGCAAAACCAUAGGUCUGAAUCUCUUAAGAUUCUCUGCAGUCUCUAUGGGAUUUAGGGAAGCAUUAUAAAUGCAUUAAUCCUUAUAGUCAAUUCUGUGCCUAGGAUUUUGCAAGGGAACAGUUCACUGACUAGGAAAAGCACUACAUUUAAAAUUCAGCAUUAGUGCAUUGGGAAGGAUCUUUACUGCUUUGUGCUUGGCAUGUCAUUAUUUUCCAUUUGACAUUAGGGCCUUUCCAAAAUGAAUGUGAGGAAUUGCUUUCACUUCAAGACUUUCCUUCUUUUCAGUAAAACUUUAGGAGAUGUUAUGGGGAAGGGAGGGAAACAAAAGUCCUUUAACUUUUUAUUUGGCGUGUGCCAUUGUUAUGAUCAUGUACCUUUUAAAUAAGGGGAGAUAGUAUCUUUAAAUUCAGUGUCUAGCCAAGAGUUUAGUUAAUGAAGAAUUAAACUGCACUGUUGAUCGGUGCUUUCUGUAAAUACAUCUUAACGCUUGGGUUGAGAGGGGCCUUAAGAAGGACAGUUCAUUGUAGGAAAGCAAUUCUGUACAUGAGUUAAGCAUACUUGUUGCAUUGUCUCUGCAGAUUCUAUUUUUGUUUACAAUAUUAAAAUGUAUGUUAGCAAAUGGGUGGAUUUUCAAAUAAAAUGCAGCUUCCACAAAACAUGUUAUGGUAUUCUGGUUUGAGGUGCAUUCUCCUUUUUCCUUUCAUUUUUCAUUAUCUAUAUCAUUUUUUUUGCUAAUAAAAUUAUAUCCAAGUGGUUA